AAUUCUUCCGAGCUGAUGAUCACUAUCCCGGGUUGACGAUCAGUAUUCCGGACUCGGCCAUAGGCACCUUCGAAUCUCUUGAUCAAUUAUAUGAAGUAUUUUUAUAUAAGAAGAAGGAUAUAAUAGCUAUUCAGAAAAAGCUUGGUAUUAAUAUCAAUGCAAAUCAAGAGGCAAUGCGUCAAAGCAAGGAAGAGAUAACACUUGCCGAUUCAUAUGAGUUGUUGUUAGACUUGGUGGGAGAUAUGUUACCAAUACAGGAGGAACUCAACAUCGAAGGCAAUCCCAUUCUAGAGGUGGAACUUAGGAGUUAUAAAGCUUCUACGGAUAUUUCAUAUAGAGAAAUAUAUAAUUUGCUUUUAUACCUGGAAGAGGAUAUAAUAACAAUUCAGGAUGAACUCAGUAUUAUUGGUUAUUCUAAUCAAGAAAGGGCAGAAGAAGUCGAUGAAAAAGCAAGAGCAUAUCUCCAAAAGUUUGAGGAAUUCCACGGUCCAUCAGAAGAUGUUCCAAUUGUGAUUUUACAGAAAUAUGGUGAAAUGGGGGUAAAUAAAAUUCGGUUUACUGGAGAGGGACAUCCGCUAUUUCCAAAUCUCUCUCCUCAACAAUUACACGAAAUUUUUGUAAAAAAUUCAACUAGCACCGGACAGUGCCCAUGUCUAGAACAGCCAACCCUGGAUCGGAAUACCACUGCAAGUUACCUCGACCUAAAAGAUUCUGAAGACUCCGAGCUAAAAUCUGUCUACUAGCAACGUUGUUCUGUGUAAGAUGAUUUCUAACUAGUC